UCUAUACUGUUUGUUGGGACUAAAUAGGAAAGAGAUGCUGCCAAGCACCAAUUACCUUUCUGAGUUGGACUCAGUAGAGGUUACAGAACCCCAAGAAAUCAAAACAUACGACAAAUGUAAUAAGCCCUCGGGUCUUGUGUCUUCAUCCCAGAAUGGAUCUAAUGUUAUGGCUUUUCUCAAGAGAAAUGCUUUUGUUGCUCUCACAAUGGCUGCUGUUGCAUCAGGUAUUGGCCUGGGCCUUGCUCUGCAACACAUUAAUAUGUCAGCCAGGAAUAUACAAUAUUUAACCUUUCCUGGAGAGAUGAUGAUGAGGAUCCUGCAGAUGUUGGUGCUUCCGUUAAUCAUUUCCAGUCUGAUUACAGGAAUGUCAUCUGUGGACAGGAAGGCAUAUGGGAAAAUUGGGCUAAGGGCCUUCAGCUAUUACAUGGUCACCACACUUAUUGCUGCAUUUACUGGCAUUGCCCUUGCUGUUCUUAUCCAACCAGGCAAAUCAUCCAGGACUGCCUCAGUGUCCUCUAGUGGUAAUGCAGAGGCUGUGCAGACUGUGGAUUCCUUUCUAGAUCUAAUCAGAAACAUGAUUCCCUCAAAUCUGGUGGAAGCUUGUUUCAGAAAGUAUAAAACAGUUUAUUCCAGGAGUGUUUCUACAGGAAAGAGUCUCGAUGUCAUCAAUAUGACCAGUGAAAACAAUGACAGAGUACCAAUUCCAGGCAUCUCAAACGGAGUCAAUAUUUUGGGUCUAUUGGUCUUCUCUGUUGCCUUUGGCCUCAUUCUAGGCAGUAUGGAUACUGAGGGAAAACCUCUGAGGGAUUUCUUUGACUGCUUGAAUAAAGCCAUUAUGCAUCUGGUCAACAUAGUCAUCUGGUAUUCUCCAGUGGGAAUCCUCUUCCUGCUGGCAGGACAGAUUGUGAAGAUGACAGAUGUUGGAGAGAUAGGUCACGAAGUUGCCAUGUAUACUCUCACUGUGAUCACUGGCCUGCUAAUCCACAGCUUCCUCACCCUUCCCCUCAUCUAUUUCCUGGUCAGACGUAAGAAUCCCUUCAAGUUUAUGGGUGGUCUACUCCAGGUUCUUACCACCGCCUUUGGGACUUCAUCCAGCUCUGCAACUCUACCUGUUACCUUCCACUGUAUGGAGGAAAAUCACAACAUGGACAAUCAAGUGACACGCUUCAUGCUCCCUAUUGGGGCCACAAUGAACAUGGAUGGUGCAGCGCUCUAUGAAGCUGUAGCUGCUUUAUUCAUUGCCCAGGUUAAUAAUAUGGAGUUUAACCUGGGUCAAAUCAUUGUCCUCAGUUUGAUUGUCACAGCUGCAAGCACUGGUGCAGCAGGCAUCCCACAGGCUGGCAUGGUAUCCAUGGUGAUUGUGUUGGCAUCUGCUGGACUGCCAACUGAAGACAUAUCACUGCUCAUGAUUGUUGACUGGAUUCUGGAUCGUCUAAGGACUGCCACCAAUGUGCUGGGUGACUGUAUCGGUGUGGGUGUAGUGCAGCAUCUGUCCAGACAUGAGCUACAGAGCUUUCAGCUCUGUGCUUCAUGAGGCUUGACAGCAUCUAUUUCCAAAGGCUAAGAUUCAUGUGAUGUGUUAUUGUUGAAUGAUAACAAAAUUUUGUCUUUGUUAAAUUAAUGAGGUGAAUUUUACAGUUGUUUUUUCAGUAUACAGUUGUAGUCGAUCCUCAUUUAGCUCAUAAUAUGGACAGUUAUUAUUUUAGCUCUUCAGAAAAACAGUGAGAAAAAAAUCUGCGGCUUGUAGUUGUUAGUAGAACAGAGGUUAGGAAGGAGGAUUAGCUGCCUCUACUCCUGCUGGUAUCAGGAGGAGUGAUACGUUUUGGAGACAUAACCCUCAGCAGGAGGAAUUAACAGCACACUUCCUGCAGCGUUGCAGUUUAAGCUUGAAGAAUAAAAUGGUGGAGUUCUAUGUACAGUAUGUUAGAUACGAAAUGUUAAACGUUAACAUUUUUUUGGGGACAAAACUGAUAAAAUUAGUACAGGCUGACAGUAUUUGGAAAUAGAGUAUACAUGUUAUUAAUUAAAAUAGCCAAUUUGUGCCUGUACACUGUAACUGGUGUUUUCUUGGGUUUGUUUUCAGUCUGAUUUUGCUCCAAUAAUGCUUACAGUACAUUUCAUGAUAAAACAUUUUACUGCCAUUAUUCCCUGGUGACAAAAUUCCUAUAAAAUAUGCUUACUUUCUGGAGGUACAGUACAGUAUGCUUUGUAGAUUGUGGCAAAUAAGAUUUGUCACAUUUGUCACAUGCCUUAGGCUGGGUAAGUGUAUUUUUGUUUUUUGUUUUUUAAGAUUUAGAGAGAAAUUGGUCCUGUAACCCCAUUAGUAACAUCAACUACUAUCCUACGCUCUUAAAUUUUAUUCUCAACUAGUCUACAGGACUUUGUGGAAACAGUGUAGGAGUUAGGGCGCUAAAUAUACUAAACCUGUAAAAUAUAACACAGGCUUUACAUGCGGUUAUCAAGAGGUCAAUCCAACCCAUGUAUCUUAAACAUGAUGAGUAGAUCAGCACAUUAUUUCCUUCCUUGUAAUGUUGCAGAUGUGUCUUUCAUAAGAAGCACACUACCACCAUCUGGUGGCAGGAAAGUCAACAUGCAAGACAAGAAAAAUAUCUCAGUGACCCAGUUGCAUAUGGGCAAUGCAUAUAAAUACAUAUAGAACUGUUUAAUAUUUUAUUAUACUACACAUUAUGAAAGUAAACACAAUAAAAUGUGGGCCUGAAACUGAAACAUGAUUGUGUUUUGUGUUUUCUCUGCAAAAAGCUGCAGGAGUGAACAGUUAUUAAGGGAAAUUAAACAGAACAUUAAAAGAUCAUUUCACCUCACUGGCUUUUGGAAAAGGACUCAGAGAUCUUUAGAUAGCCAAGUACUCAAAACAAGAUAAGCCACAAUUUAAAGCUAGACAAGCCUGUCAUGAUAAUAAGAUAGAAAAACCUUGGCAACUAUUCAUUUAUUUAUUACAGUUAGUGAAGUAAAACAAUGUUGGGAUGUUCUUCAACACCUAAAGCUAUCUUCUCUAAAUUUAGCAUGUCCCAACUGCAUCAGAUCUGUGGGAAAACAAGUGGUUUAGUCACAAGUCUGGACAUGUUUUGCAGUAUUUCAGUGCUGUGCAAAGUAGCGUUAUUAA